CAGUUCACGCAGUACGUGUGCUGCUUGAGACGUCAUCAAAUGGAGAAAGCAGGUCGAGGGAGAUGGUGCUGCUAAUCUAUGAGCAAUUCCUGAGAGAAAAAAAAACAACGCGAACAGACAAGCCGUGGACCAAACGGAGAGCGCUCCUCAUAAAAUGUCUGGCUGGAGUAUCGAAGACGAAUACAUUUAUAACAUCCCGCCAUAUAUCAUGUGCCAGUUAACAGCAGUGUUGGACAGCCUCGGCAGCUCUGACUGGCUAAAGUUCGCCUCCCUGAUCGUGCAGGAGCAGACUGAGCUGCGUCUCCUGGAGCGGACGGAGGAGAGGAGCAGGGCUGUGCUGUGGCACUGGGGUAUGAGGAACGCACGGGUCGGGGAGUUGCUGGAGGUCCUGAAGCAGCUGAACCAGCUGCGGGCGCGGGACAUCGUCCUGUCCUGGAGACCUAUGAAACCAAUCCCGUGGCCCGUCAACCUCCCUGCGCCUACCCCCGUCACCCCCCCUCCCUCAUACCAACCUGCCACUCCCUCCGCCCCCGCCCUCCCCAGCUGCCCUGUCAUAACAAGACACCCGACAAGAGAGGCUGACACCAAGGUCUUUGAGCAAGCAGCGGUUCCAAGGACUCUGCCCAAGCCUGGCCCCCCCCCUGCCAGUCUUGACUCGCUGGAAGAAAAGCAGCCGUCGGGCAGCUCCCCUGCUUCUCAGGCUCCCUCCAGUUUCCCCCAGAGCAUUGAUCCGCCCCUGUCCCAGAAUGCACUAUGCUGGCCACUCGCGGAGAUCGUCCGCGGCACGGACAACUUCUCAGAGAGCCGGAAGAUCGGGGAAGGCGGGUUCGGCUGUGUGUACAGAGCCACCAUGAGGCACACCGAGUACGCCGUGAAAAAACUCAAAGAGGAUUCUGACCUGGACUGGAAUAUCGUGAAAGAAAGCUUCAAGACAGAAGUGGAGAAACUCCACCUGUAUCGUCACCCGAAUGUAGUGGAUUUCGGGGGGUACUGUGUGGAGAAUGGGGUUCACUGUCUGAUCUACGUCUUCAUGCCCAACGGCUCUCUGGACGACCGGCUGCAUUGCAAGAGAAACGGGGGCGCCCUCUUGUGGCCGCAGCGUGUAAGUAUCCUGCUGGACUUGGCCAAAGCAAUCCAGUUCCUGCACACGUGCUCUCCAAGUCUCAUCCAUGGGGAUAUCAAGAGCUCCAACGUCCUCCUGGACAGUGUCCUGGUUCCGAAGCUGUCUGAUUUCGGGCUGGCCCGGUUCAGUCGCAGCUCAUCGAGCCCAGGAAGAACCACAACAGUGGUGCGCACUCGCACGCUGCGCGGGACGCUGGCCUACCUCCCGCAGGAGUACCUGAAGACCGGGCGCCUCAGCCUGGAGAUCGACACCUUCAGCUUCGGAGUGGUGUUGCUGGAGAUGCUGACCGGUCGCAGAGCUGUGGAAGGAGACAGCAACUCAAAGACCAGAUACUUGAAAGACCUGGCUUCCGAGACCGAGGAGGAGGAGGAGGAGGAGGAGAGCAGGGAGCUCGGUUCCGAGGAACGCACACGGAGGACCGCGGAGCGGAUCUGUCGCCAGCACCUGGACCGGAGCGCCGGAGUCUGCCCCUCCGCUCUGACCCUCGACCUCUGCACCCUGGCCUGCCGCUGCCUGGAGCGCCGCCCCAAGAAGAGGCCUAAGAUGACUGAGGUGUACGAAAAGUUGAGAGAUCUUCAGGAGCGUUUACAGCAGGCUUUUUCCAUCCAUGAUUCCCCCUGUGACAGCCGUGCCCCCCCUUCCACCCCCCUGGACUCCCUCAUGGAGCGGCUCCCUCGUCUCUACACGGGACCCCAGGAAAACACCUACUGCGUCCACAAACCCCCGGCAGAGGCCGCUCUGUCGCUGACCUCCCGGGAGAUCUCAGUGAUGGAGAGCCGGCGGAGCACGGCUAAUCCCGGCCGCGGAGCCUCUUCUCAAACCCCAUGCGAGUCUGACGAGUCGCAGGGCUACUCUCAGUACUGUUCCCGGGAAGUUCCCCGUGAUUCUCCCACGAAUUCCAGCCAGGGGAGGAGUAGACUUGGGAAGCCUAUGCAUUCUGCUGGUUUUCCUGGACUGGGAAGCGUUGCUGGUGCCAGUUGCUGCUGGGAGAGCUGCCACGCAUCUGAGAGUUCUGGGAGUUUGAAAAGAGCCAUCCCAGCCAGGGCCUUGACCAGCACUAGGCAAGAGAAUUCGUUGCCCCGGCAUGGAAUCAUCAUGAACCCGGCCAAGCAGAAGAUAUUUGAUCAGCUGGCUUUGUACGAGCAGGGGAUAAUCGACAGCUCUGAGCUGCUUUCCACAGAGACUGGAUCAGACAGGAGUUAUGCCGGUUUGAGCAGAGGCCCAGAGGAGAGCGAUGAGUUUGACUGCUAGCGAAGAAACCGGAUCAAACUUCACUUGCAAAAAUACACACUGCUAGCGAAGAAACCGGAUUAAACUUCACUGGCAAAUACACACUGCUAGCGAAGAAACCGGAUUAAACUUCACUGGCAAAUGCACACUGCUAGCGAAGAAACCGGAUUAAACUUCACUGGCAAAUGCACACUGCUAGCGAAGAAACCGGAUUAAACUUCACUGGCAAAUGCACACUGCUAGCGAAGAAACCGGAUUAAACUUUCCGUACACACGCACGGAUUCUGUCACUGGCAACAGUUCUCAAUGCAGAAAGAAGCACUUUUAAAAACUGUCAGCUGCAUAUAUCGAGAGAACCGCUUCUCCCAAUUGUGAUGAAAAAAACUUGCCAGUGAAAGAGUCUCAGAGAGAGAGACACUCUCAG